GAGGUGCUGUCGAGCUCGCUUCUUUUGAACUUUGGAUAGUGGAAAGUUUUACAAGGAUGCCUAUUUAGGUUUUUGGUUAAUGGGUUAGGGGCCUUUAUUGGGUUAGGCGUCUUCUGUCAUCGAUUUUGGAAUUAAGAAAAGUUAAAAGAAAAAUGCUCAAAAAAUUUUAUUGCCUAUAAUUUAUGAAUAAAUAAUUUUAAAUUUAAUUUUACGUUUUUUUUUAUUUUUUAUUUGAUUUCGAUCAUAAAAUUCAAAUAUAUCUUUGAAAGAGUAAUUUGCUUUGAAUAAAUUUUAUUUUAGAAGGCUUCUAAACCUAAACUUUCCUUUUUUAUCAUGAGUGAUUCUUCAAGAAAUUCAAGUGGUGGACCUGCUAUGCGUCUCUCUUCUUUAACUGUUGGUCAAUUCUGGAAAGCAGUGGAGAAUUUUAGAGAAGGAUUUCAUAUUGAUUAUUUGUCAAUGUAUGGCAAACGGUGGAAGUCGUUACUUAUUUGGAAUGAAAUGUCUUCAAAGGACCCACUUCCUGUGAAUGAAUUUAUGGAAGAGUUUUUGCGUGAUGGGGCGAUUGCUUUUAAUCAGCGAAAACAACGGUCAAAUUAUCUGUAA